CCUACUUUUACCUGAAAUGGCUCGAACUAAGCAGACAGCUCGUAAGUCUACCGGUGGCAAGGCGCCACGAAAGCAGUUGGCCACCAAGGCUGCCCGCAAGAGCGCGCCGGCCACGGGCGGCGUGAAGAAGCCCCACCGCUACCGACCCGGCACGGUGGCGCUGCGCGAGAUCCGCCGCUACCAGAAGUCCACUGAGCUGCUGAUUCGCAAGCUGCCGUUCCAGCGUCUGGUGCGCGAGAUCGCACAAGAUUUCAAGACCGACCUGCGCUUCCAGAGCUCAGCGGUGAUGGCGCUGCAGGAGGCGUGUGAGGCCUACCUGGUGGGGCUCUUCGAGGACACCAACCUGUGUGCCAUCCACGCCAAACGUGUCACCAUCAUGCCCAAGGAUAUCCAGCUGGCGCGCCGCAUCCGUGGGGAGAGAAGCCUUUGGGUAGUUAACGCCGGUUCUGAUGGCAAGUUACUUGGAGCUGGUGUACUUGGUGACGGCCUUGGUGCCCUCGGACACGGCGUGCUUGGCCAGUUCCCCCGGCAGGAGCAGGCGCAGGGCUGUCUGUAUCUCCCUGGAGGUGAUGGUCGAGCGCUUGUAAUGCGCCAGGCGCGACGCCUCGCCCGCGAUGCGCUCGAAGAUGUCCUUGACGAACGAGUUCAUGAUGCCCAUGGCCUUAGGCGAGAUGCCGGUGUCGGGGUGGACCUGCUUGAGCACCUUGUACACAUACACCGAGUACCACUCCUUGCGGCUGCGCUUGCGCUUGCGCUUCUUGCCGUCAUUCUGCGCCUUGGUCACCGCCUUCUUGGAGCCCUUCUUAGGCGCCGGAGAGGAUUUGGUUUGGAGUUUUUCGUCAUGGCGCGUACAAAGCAAACAGCUCGCAAAUCUACCGGCGGCAAGGCCCCGCGCAAGCAGCUGGCCACCAAGGCGGCCCGCAAGAGCGCGCCGGCCACGGGCGGCGUGAAGAAGCCCCACCGCUACCGGCCCGGCACGGUGGCGCUGCGCGAGAUCCGCCGCUACCAGAAGUCUACCGAGCUGCUGAUCCGGAAGCUGCCGUUCCAGCGGCUGGUGCGCGAGAUCGCGCAGGACUUCAAGACCGAUCUGCGCUUCCAGAGCUCGGCCGUGAUGGCGCUGCAGGAGGCGUGCGAGGCCUACCUGGUGGGGCUCUUCGAGGACACCAACCUGUGUGCCAUCCAUGCCAAGCGUGUCACCAUCAUGCCCAAGGACAUCCAGCUGGCGCGCCGCAUCCGUGGGGAGAGAGCGUAAACUGUAAAAGUACCGUCUCCAAACAAAGGCUCUUUUAAGAGCCACCUAAAGUGUCUACGAAGAGCUGCUUCUACGGCGUGUAGAAGUUUUUCUCUAACUUAAGUAUACCCAUCGGAAGUGCAGUGGUGCCAGCAGGAAAGCAGCUGCGUUGGGAUUGCUCCAGUUCUCUGGGUACCCAGCACACUGCUUCCCUGACCUCCACACCACACGCAAGGCUUUUUACCAAUCUCCAGUGGCAGACUUAACCCCUUUCCUCUGAAGCGUUUUGUGCUGUAUUUAGUCAAGGCUGGCACGGGAUCUUUACAUCCCAGCUGCUAUUAAUGGACGAGAGUGCUAAAAGCGGUUCUAAAGUUUAGUACAGAGCUGCUUUAAGUGCCUUCUCAACGGGGGGAAGGUUUCGUCGAAAGGUUAGGUGUUCCAUGUUUUAAGUAGCUUGUACUUUAUGCAGCGACAAUAAAUGUUGCAUCCUUAGAUGGCCCCCAGCUUUGGAAAUGUAAUCCUGUCUAGGUGACAAGCGCUAGGGUCAAGGGAGGCAAUUGAAAAAUUUGAGUUAUUCUAUGUCGUUAAAACAGCUGAAAUUUGCUAGGCAUCCAGAAAUGGUGUAAUGAAGUCUAAUAAAAGUACUGAUCCUUGAGCAAUCCUUAUAAAAAGUGAAGGUGUCUGCACACACAAGAUUAAGGACCCAGGUGGAACAGAUCUGGUCCCAGAACAUGUGUUUCACCAGGUAUCAGCUUCAAGCAGUACCACCAGCAAUGGACACCCAGCAGUGUGGCCAGUGGCACAGCAGGGCAGAGCAUUACUGCCCCACAUACAGGACCUGGAAUGACAGCUGACUGUUGAGCAGACUAGGAAUUCAGAGCUUGUUGCUGCAACUAGCUGAAAACUGCAGAAUAUGUCUGUACCCUGCAUGAUAUGGUCACUGUAAGUCUGGGGAGAGGAAAUCCCGGGGCAAAAUACCUCUAAAAACCGAAAUCAG